AUGAAACCGUUCACUUGUAUUGUGGUCAUUGCGGCCGCACUUAUUGCCUGUGGUCAGGCGCAUAGUGUGCAGAAGCGUUCUUUGGGCGGCCUGCUGGGAGGACUAGGCGGCGGCGGCGGUGGUGGCCAAGGCGGUGCUGGCGGUAUUGGCGCCUUGCUUCAGCAGAAACUGGGCGGUUUGCUCGGAGGCGGUGGUGGCGGACGCGGCGGCGGUGGCGGCCAGGGUGGCUGGAGCGGUGGUGGCGGCCAUGGCGGCUGGAGCAGCGGCGGUGGUGGCGGCCAUGGUGGCUGGAGCGGCGGUGGUGGCGGCGGCCAUGGUGGCUGGAGCGGCGGCGGCGGUGGCUACUCAGGUGGUCAUGGCGGCGGCGGCAGCAGUAAAGUCAUCAUCGUUAAAGUCGUGAACGCUGGCGGCUCAGGUGGUGGUUACGGCGGUGGCCAUGGAGGCUGGAGCGGUGGCGGCGGCGGUGGCGGCUAUGGCGGCGGCCAUGGUGGCUGGAGCGGUGGCGGCGGCGGCCAAGGCGGUUGGGGCGGCAGCGGUGGUUGGUAA